AUGUUUUUAUUACAAGAAACAUUCCGAGUUUUGAACGAUCAACAAAGUACUCGUCUAUUUAAUAUGAUCUUUGCUGCUUCGCAACUUUUUGGUGCUUUUGCGGUUUUGCUUGUUAUUAUAUGGAUAAGUGGUUUUGAAGAUGGAUUUGCAUGGGGAAGUAAUCCUGAACUACAAUUUCAUUACCAUCCAACAUUUAUGGUAAUGGGAAUAAUUUUUUUGGCUAGUGAAGCAAUACUGGUAUAUCGCGUAUUUCGGCAUGAGCCAAAACGCUUUUGCAAAUUACUACAUUUAACAUUGCACACAAUGGUACUUAUCUUUAUUGUGGUUUCAUUGAAAGCAGUUUUUGAUUCGCAUAAUAAUCAUAAGAAUGAAGAAGGUGAAUCUGACCCUUUGCCAAAUCUUUACUCCUUGCAUUCGUGGGUCGGUAUGACUGCAGCCUUAGCCUUCUUCCUACAGUAUGUUCUUGGUUUCACGACAUUUUUCUUCCCAGGAUGGAGUGCGUCCAUGCGUCAAUUAGCAUUACCAUUCCAUCAGGCAUUUGGCGUUAUCAUCAUAUGCUUUGUUGCUAUCACGGCAGUUAUGGGUAUUUCUGAGCAUGCAGCAUGGCGUCACAAAUGUUGGACCAUUGAGCAUAAACUAUGCGGGGAGCAGUUCAUCAGCACUUUGCUCGGUAUUUCAAUUCUUCUAUUCAUAAUGUGUGUUGUGAUAAUCAUUCUGAACCCACGAUGGCGCAGACACCCACUACCUGAGGAAGAGUCAUUACAUCGUCUAACAAGUACCGAAUAA